UUCAUUCAGGGUCUUAAAUAACCUGUGUUUAAUUCAUGGCCAAGAAAGAAACGGCGAGUUUGAGAUUUCAAAGGUCAUGUUGAGAAGGCGAAGCAGAGAUGGCAGUCUCAAUGCCUUCCCCCACAACGACGCGGAUUGCUACUCUUGCGUUGAGGGUCCUGACCGCCAUUCUACUCUUUGCCUCGCUCAUCAUCCUUCUCACUAACACUCAACAAUUUCAAGGCCCAACCCUUCAUUUUUAUGACAGAGUUGGAUACAGUUACGCGGCUGUCGGAAUUUUUUUGGGACUUGCAUACUCAAUUUACCAAACCGUAUGUGCAGUCAUUCGCAUCAAAAAGGGAAGUGAAGGGAAUGUUGUUUUCAAUUUCUACACUGAGAAGGUUGUGUCAAAUUUAUUAGUUACAGCAGCUGUUGCAGGAUUUGUGACAACCGGACAACUAGUGGAUGACGUUGUACGACAACAAGGACCAAGUAAACUUCCUUUACUUGAAAGAUUUGUGAGUUUGUCAAAUUCAUCAUCUGGAAUUGUUCUCGUUGGCUGCCUCUUCUCUUCAAUGUUAUCGGUUCUCUCUUCAUAUGCACUCGCUAGGGAUGAGGAUUAAUUAGAUCUUCUUACAAACAUACGUGUAUAUGAACAGUUGCAGCAGCUCAUUAUAAUCAAAGGCUCAUUCACUGCCUUCUUUUUUAUUCAUUCCCUUCUGAUCUACCAUGUUUAAAUCGUCAUAUACAAUAGGUUUCUUCUUU